GGCUGAGACAGAGGAGGAGGUUCUGUGUAGCUGGAUAUUUUCCAUGUUUUCUAUCGGCCUGAUCGGAUAAACAAGCCGACUACACUUUUAACAAUGAAUCGACACCAAGUACUCACAGGUGCUUGUAAUUCUGGAGAUCAGUGCUAUUCUGUUGGAAGCGUCGAAGGGAUCCAUUUCACGGCAUAUGCUGCGGGAUGUGACAUUGUGAUAUUAGCCAGUGAUUUCCAGAGAGUUCAGAUAAUCCCAGGGGUCACUCAUGGAAAUGUUAAGGUCAACUGUAUUGAUUGUUCCACGGACACCGGCAAGAUUGCAGCCUCCUAUCAAAACAAGGUGUAUGUGUUUGAGCCGACCCCUCUCCUUCACCAUGAGAGCACCCAUAUGACUGAUUUUGAUGAUGAUCAUGAGAAGUUGGACUACCAGUGGUACCAGACAGCCAUGUUUGAGACAAGCUGUUUUAUCAACUGUAUCACCUGGAACAUGGAGGGGUCGAAGCUUUUGACAGCAGGGGACACCAUGCAGAUCUGGCUGUAUACCCAGGACAGCAGUCCGGGACGUCACCCUGUCCAGUUCUCUAUGGGAGAUGAGGAUACUCAGGACUUUGGCUCCACCGGUCAGACAAACCCCCCUGACAACACCCAUGUAAAUCCAGAGAUCCAGGAGGAGAGCACAUGGGACUGUAUCUGGAGUCAGAGGCCAGCAACCCCAAUCUAUCACAUCAAGUUUUCACCAGACGGACUGUUGUUUGCUUCCGCAGGAAAAGCUGAUCGUCUUGUGAAAAUUUGGCAUGAGGACAGAAAAUUACAAUUGCCUCUGAUGCGCGCUGACAGCAUCGUUAGUCCCAAGAAGGAAGUUCACCACUAUUCCUUUGUCUACAUCGCUCAUCCCCGCGCUGUGACGGGCUUCUCCUGGAGGAAAACAAGCAAAUACAUGCCAAGGGGUUCCGUUGCCAACAUGCUUGUAACGUCCUGUGCAGACAAUGUGUGUCGGUUAUGGUGCGAAACCAUCCUACCUGAUGAUGGACUCGUUGACCUUGAGACUUUUGACCCUGCCACGACCUCUGAUAGAAAGUUUCAUACUCACCGACAUAAAAAACGGUUCAUGCAGCGUCUUAAGACUAUCAGACUUCACACGCACUUCUUUGAAAGCAAUCCAGACACAACCCAAAAUUCUCAGUCAGACUCCCCGGACAACGACCUUGACGAGACGAGCCCUGAGGAAGAAAGACAUGCCAUUCACAAGCGGAGAAAACAUCACAAGUUAGGACCAGAUACACUGAUGAGUAUGGCCAACCUGUCGAGUAUUAACAGCGCUGCCAGUAUACACGAUUUCCACAAGUUUGCUCUCCACAACAAUGGCGUUGCACCACCACUACACUUCCAUUUAGCCGCCAGCAUCAAUCCCGAAACAGACAUCCCCCUCCUGCCAGUAGUGGGUACAAAGGGUGAAACCAAACACAACUUUCAGCUUCACUGGCUCAAUAACAAGGAGCUACAGUUUACCAUGGAGGCCGAGGUGAUCCUUCAGGAUCUGCACAAGUCUAGUCUUACCCAUCACCACCACCAUCAUCACGAACACGACAUCGGGUCCGACAGCGAUGGCUUCCCUGAACACCAAUCACAUACAACACACAAUGGAGAGGAGCACGAAUCAGAAGGUCAUCCAAAAAAGAAGAAGUCAAGUCUAUUCAAGAAGAAGCACAAGGGUCAUCGGAGUCCAAAAGAAAACCAGGAACUUGGGAGUCAGUCCAGCAUCGCCUCUGAUCAGGGGGACCAUGUAUCGGAGGGCAAUUCCAGUGGGGGCAUGUCACCCGAAGUUCCUGGUUCAAUGAUUGAUGCUUUGGACAGAAAGAUAGAAGCCCUGCUCAAAGACUGGCAUCAGAGUGCAGAUAUGUUGUUCAGUAUACACCCAGUGGACGGUAGCUUCCUGGUGUGGCUUGUUGAUUGGAUGGAUGAGUAUAACCCAUACUGUUUCCGUCAGGCCCAGGUCAGCUUUUCGUCACGCCUUCCAAAUGCAUUCCCGGUGCCAGACGCUCGGACGAUGGCAAGCAACAUGCUUAUGUAUUGUAACUACAGUAAAAUGGACAUAAAAUCAGCCAUGCGCAUCAGUGAAAACCGGUUUUCUCCUAGUAACCCUACAGCGCCCACAAAAAUACAGACGCAACCAGCUCCUGCCACUGGUAAAUGCUUCCCUGGACAGAACGAUAACAUGCUUAUUCCUAAUGUUUUACUUAUCUCCAAACACUUCAACGGUUCCUUAAAUCAGUGGCAGAUUAGUUUUGCGGACAGUUCUAAAUUUUCAACAGUGGUCAGUGUUGCCCAUGCCUCUAGAGCAUGCGGACAUCGAUUUAGGACGAAUUCUGCUGCAUGUCACCCGGUGUUACCCUUGUUACUGACAACCUCUCAUCACAACGUCCCAAAACCUUUGACGCCAUGCAAUGAGGAUAACCAUAGAAACGGCAUCCAAGGUGACAACCACGAGGAAGAACAUGGAGGAUUACAAGGUCAGGAAAGCCUUGUAGGGGGUGUGGAGUUCUGUAGCGAGCUGAUUCUGUGGAGGGUAGAUCCCGUGGGUCCACUAUCUAAGUCGGGUGGUAUCAUAGAGUUGGCUCGUAUCAACUCACCUCAGCUGUCCGCCUUCGACAACGUUGCCUGGGUGCCUACACUACUUCCAAGUUCUACCCUAGGAUCCUACAGUAACUCUCCAAGUGCCCUGUUUGUGGCCUCGGAUGGGAACAGUUUGAAGAUGUACCAGGCGGUUAUUGACGCCCGCACUCUACUUCUGGAGAUGGGAGGUCAGAGAAAAGAUAAGGGGAUGAGUUUUUCUAGUAAUACCAGCUCUGGAUAUAGUCAAGAGACACCCCACACUGCUAGUGAGCUGUUCAACAUUGUCAGUCUGCAGUCUUCCGCCCGCCCUGGCUGUAUCAUAGAAAUGGAAGCCAUUGCUGAUGCCAAACAGGAUUGGCAGCAGACUCAACUGCUCCAUGUCUUCCAAGAACAGUUGGUGACUGGACGUCCCAAUAACAAUGCUAAGGGAAUGGAGGCCAUCGUGGACCUCCGAGAAUCAGGAUCCUUCUCGGAAAACUUUUAUCUGGUAGUAUUGGAAAGAAAUAAAGAUAAGGGGUCGACGGUCCACAUGUGGAAGAUCAAUAUCGCCUCACAGACUGGUCUCCAUGAUGGUAACCAGAGUCGACACUAUGUCCCGGACAAUAACAUUAUACAUGACGAUGGGUCAGAUGCUGACUCCUAUAUAGGAUCACCGGUCAACGGUCCAGCCAAACCAACAGCAAUGGUCCGACUCACCUUCUCCACAACAAAGAUAUGUUCACAACCUCUACCCUUGCCUGAUGGUGUCAGUGUUGUCAGUGCAUCUGUAUCAGCCGGUCAUCUUAGCUCUGCCUCCAUCUACCCAGCAUGCCUUGCUCCAUAUCUAUUGGCAACUGCAUGUUCUGAUGGUAAGACUCGUUUCUGGCGAUGUGACCUGAAAGCUGUGUGUGCUCUGAACCAUUGUGAAAUGACGUGUAGCACUACAAGUUAUGAAAUGGCUGUUGAGGAAGACGACGGUGUACGUCGACCGACCAUCUCCACGGUAACACGUAGUGAUGUCAUGGACACCACAUUUUCAUGGGCAGAAUGGCACAUGAUGGGACAAUCGGAGCCAAGCUUAUUACAUGUCAGAGGUCAGCCCAUCUCUGUGAGCUGUGCAUACAGUGGUCGGGUGGCAGUGGCUUAUCGUCUUGGCGGUGUGCGGUCAGCCCCAGACAACGAUAAUAAAUAUGUCAACCUUUAUGUGGCUGUUUACGAGUGUGAAUCUACAGGAGGCUCUGAAUGGACACUGGAGGAUACAAUUGAAUUAAAAAACAUCAGUAUACCAGACCCUAAGGCAGAAAUAGAUCUCAACUUUAUUUUUACUCCGGAUAACCACUCAUCAAAAUCAUCACACUAUGAUGAUGAUAGUCCCGGGACGCUGUCUCCGUCCUCCUCACUUGUCAAUAUUAACCGAACAAAGUCCGUACCCAGCCUCAGUACCAUCUUCACAGUGAGGAAGUGUAUAGCUGAACAUGGCAACAAGACAGGAAUGCUACAACAGAAACAUUUGGUCCAGCUUGACUGGGUGUCAACGGAGGAUGGAAAUCAUAUUCUAACGGUCGGGGUCGGGUCCCGUAUACUCAUGUACUCUCAAGUAUCAAAUGACAUUGUGCAAUCCUCCAAACGGAGUCAGACAGUAGACAAAAAGAGCACCCAAUCCUUCGGUCAGUCCAUAAAGGAUGUUAGUCACAGACGAAGUGUGUUCCAGAAGUCAAAGUCAAUGGUGGUGGAUGAUCAUCAGGAGGAGAUUAAAUGGAUGAAACUACGCUCAAUAGAUCUGUCUACAGCUGAUGGAUUACCUCCCUUGCCGAUGCACCUGUCGUGGGUACGAGGUGGGAUCCUGGUUGUUGGCAUGGACAAUGAAAUGCAUGUGUACAGCCAGUGGCGGGGGGCUGGUACAAAUGACGUCCUUCCAGUGGAAGAAAAUGACAACAGGAGUUUUGAGGAUGCUGGCCUUUCAAUGAACAUAUCAAGUCUUAAGCCUCAGCAACAUUUUAAACCUUCAUAUUCCAUGCCAAGUUUCAAACACUUAAACACCUUGAGUUUAAAGAAGGAGAAAUUGCAAGGCUCUGAGUCUAACCUGUUGAGGUUUAGUUUGUCAAAGGACAAGAGUGAGAGUUCCACCAGCUUGUCAGCUAUUCAUGAGUUUGGACUAUUUGAGGCGGCACGACAGGCAAAUCCUGUUCUCCCACAAUAUCACCCUAAAAAACUGAUGGAGCUGCUGAAUUUCGGCAAAAUACGGAGGGUAAAGGCUAUACUGGCCCACCUGGUACGGUAUGUUGCUGGCGGGGACAUACACCAGGUAGAGGAUAUGGAGGGAUACGAAAAGGAUGAUGGGAAAUGGAAUCAGAAUCGCCCCCGUGGAAUCUCGGUCAGUGGGGCAAGUCCCUGUGAAAUGCCGCGUCAUCAGGAUGACAUAAAGCUUGAUUACAAGGAAAUCAGCUCCAUACCACCUUUACCUAUGUAUGCUCUUUUAGCUGCUGAUGAGGAUAACACUGUGGCUAAGGCUGACACAAUGACCUCUGGGGGUCAGGUUACCACGGUGAUGGAGCAGGAUUAUGGUGACCUGUUUGACAGUAGUCCUAAUCUUGAAGAUGAACUUGACACAACAAUUGGAGCAUCGUCUGUGGAUAGUCGUACCUCACGGACGAGAUUACAGUCCACUGUGACGUCAUCACGCCAGAACCCGUACUACUUUGGUCCCGAGUACUCUCUAGCACUGACUAGUCACCUGACCCAUACACAGUUACCUGGACUGUCCAGCCUUGACCAGAUGUAUCUGCUAGCAGUGGCAGACACUGUUGCCAACACCAAAAUGGAUUUUGCUGACCGGAUGGAGACAGACAAACCAGACUCCAGUAUGAAUGAGAACUUGAAGCAGGGAAAUGCUGCAGAGUCUAUGGAUGACUGUGGUCUGAGAUUUAUUCUUGCUAUGCGGCAUCACACCUACCUUCUACGUACUCUACCACCUAGACAGAGGAUAGCUCUACAGCAACAGGGGCUCAAGUCCUUUAACCUGGUCUGGGGUUUCCACUCAGAGGCCACCGAGGAACUGCUGUCUUACAUCCCGAGUGUACAGCAUGAUGAUCCGACGUGGGAGGAGUUGAAACAGUUUGGUGCAGGCUGGUGGAUCAACAAUAUCAAUAUACUCCGGCGUCGCAUAGAAAAGGUUGCCAAAGCUGCUUUCCAGCGGAGAAAGGACCCGAUGGAUUCAGCAAUUUUCUACCUUGCCAUGAAGAAGAAAAACGUUCUUUGGGGUCUAUACAGGUCUAUAGACGAUAAGAAAAUGAUGCAGUUUUUCCGAAACGACUUUAGUCAGGACAGGUGGCGUAAAGCAGCAUUGAAGAAUGCAUUUGCACUACUUGGGCGUCAGAGAUUCACACAUGCAGCCGCCUUCUUCCUGUUGGCUGGUGCGCUGAACGAUGCUGUUGAGGUGUGUCUGGAUAAGCUCAAUGACGUCCAGCUAGCACUUGUCAUCUGUCGUUUGAAUGAUGGCGAGGACAUGAUGCCAGACAGUGUCAAAAAGAUUCUCUACAUGAGCAUUCUAGGUUGUGAUGAAAAGGGUGAAAACUAUGAUAGCUGUAAAGCUCACCCUGACCCUUUCCUGCGAAGUAUGUCACUGUGGUCCCUCAAAGAUUACCGUGGCUCACUGAACACGCUGCUUCACUCCAGUGACAGUCAUCAUCACAAGGUGGUGGAUAGUGUUGAGCUUGAGGGGCACAAUGCCAUGCCCAGUGUGUUUAACUUCUAUAACUUCUUACGUACUCACCCCCUACUACUCAGGCUGCGAAUAGCUGCUACAGGUCAGACAAAGAAAAAUAAAAAAAUAAUUCCAGGAUUUACGAGACAACAGACAGUUGUGUUGGAUGAUAGUUCUGUGUUUGUUGACAAAGUGACGCCCAUGGAAAGAAAACUGUUCUUCACGACAGCUCACUCUCAUUACAUGAAUGGGUGUCCAUUACUAGCCCUGGAAGUCCUGUCAAAACUACCUCCUGUCAUUGAAGACAAGAAAGCUCUGGAUGUGGACUUCGAAAGCGAGACCUCGUCCAAGGAUGACUGUAUAAAUACCGGUACACUGGAUGACGAGGCUGCUGUAACAGAUUGGAGUAAGCCUGCUGUCAGUGGGUUUCAGGAAACAUCCAAUGGCUUUGAUUGGAGCACUCCUGUGGCAUCUGCUAAGGAAACAUCAGACUUGGAUUGGGGCGCAUCAAUUGAUAAGUUUGGUGCAGAUGACGACCUCCCAAAUUUCAAUAUUUCCUCGGAAGAAGAUGCAGAUGAAGAUGAUGAUGAGAUGAAUGGUGUUAGAUCUGCAAGCCAGCCUAAAGGAAAGUUAGAAAAGUUACCUACAAUUGUCGUAGAGGAACCCAGCCCACCUGUCCAGAGUAGUGAAGAUAUGUCUCCAGAGAAACCACCUGACAAGGUCAAGGACAAAGGUCACCAGGUGGACAUCUUUGCACAGCAGUACAAGUUCAUUGCAUGUCUCAAGGUGCUGAUGGAGGAGAUGCAGACCCUGGCCACAGGGUUUGAAGUAGAUGGUGGUCAGUUACGCUUCCAGCUCUAUAUUUGGCUGGAGCGGGAGGUGGAGGUGCUCCAGUACCUCUGUAACUACGGCGGUACAGAUCAAGAAGGUCAGGAAGACCUACAUGCGAACACAGAUGCCCUGAAUGGCUAUGAUGACGAGACGUUACUGGAUGUUCACACCAGCUUUACACGAUCAAUGUCCCAGAGGUCGGAUUCCUCCUACAAGCCAACACUACAUGAGGUCAUUUUGGCUGAAAAAAUGGACUUUGAGGCAAAACUUGAGAGGAUGGCUCGUCGUAAACAGUGGCUAAGGGCCAACCAACAACUGCUUCGUACUCUGGCCAGUUACUGUGUGCUGCAGGGUGCUGGGGGAGGAGGGCUAGCCUCUGUGGAGAUGGAGCUGCUGCUUCUCUUACAGGAGUUGCAACAGGACAAGCCUCAGCAGCAGCUGUUGUCUCCUCUGCCAUUUCCCACCACGCUGCCCCUCCUGUCUGCCAGUAUUGCCAGCUCCAAGACCGUCGUAGCAGAUCCCAUCCAGCACAUCCAAUGUAUGACUCAGGACCUUCUACAUUCCAUUGUGGAGCUGACUACUCCUCCGGGCCUCGGUAUCAACAUGAACACUGUGCUUGUGAUGCAGAACCUAAGUGUAGCACUGUCUUCCUGUUUAUACCAGUGUCUAUGUGACUGUGACAGCUUUGUCGUGUCACUAAAUGAGACCCAAGGAACGUCUAUGGACGGGUUCAUGGCGCACAACUUCAACAGCAGUCAGGCGGGACAUCUAAUGGCAGGGGUGCAACGUUAUCGCCGCAGGUCAAGCAUAGGAGACAAUCUGAUCAACACGCCACCAUCAAAGUGGCCAGGAGUUACCUCCCUUAGGGUAUUGCUUGCUCGGGAGAAAGACAACGCUGCACCAAAGCUGAACAUCUUAUGCUGUGAGAGUCUGAUUGCUGUUUAUGUGAGUCUGUUGGUGAAUGCCAUGGCCAUGUAUGACUGCAACAUGCUCUACCGACUCGUGUCACAUCGUUUUGAACAUCAAAUGUGGGGUGCAUUGUUUGGAGGUGGAGUCAAGACUGCACUGAAGGUUGCUAACAAUCCCCAUCCUGUGUCCAUGAGACCUGGUGAUGACCUGUCCAAAACCAGGAUAAAGCUGAACAUGAAGGUCGGGGCAGGACCGGGAACAAAGGAGAAGACGACCUUCAGGGAGACUUUUGUACCCCCAGAACUCAGCAUGAUAUCCUUCUUCAUGACCAAGCCAUUCAAUACCUCAUCUGAGAAAGAAUUCCACUACGAUUCCGAGGAGUCGUUAUCCGAUGAAGACGAACCAUUUGAUGACGAUGAAGAGGAUUAUCUUAGACCAAAAACCUUGCCACUGGCGUCCACUCAACAGUCUACUGACCCAACGUCCUAUUCCUGGGCCCUGAUCCGCUUCUGUGUCAUCAAGGUCAUCCUUCACAACCUACAAGUCUUCCUGCCACAGAUUGGGAUAGAGCUUCAAGAGCUGCCAAUCUGCUCGACACUGAUGCACAUGGUAAUGAAGACUCUAGAACAGUGGAUGGAGGUCCUGCAGAGAAAACUGGAGCUGUUUGCUGGACCGCCGGAGGAUUUUAUCGCCGGUCUACAGUUGGAUGUGGUAACAGGUGUCCCACAGUCCAAGUACCAAGUGUUGUUACAGCCUCAGAACUCACCCUUCACGGACGGCCAUGUCUGUCUGCCAAUCAAAAGACUGUGGUUCCACUUACUGAAACAAGCCCAUCUGAAGGACGUCUUCAUCCGAUACAUCUACAGGAAGAAAAAGAUCCCACAGAUGGAUGAAUCGACGAGUCAGUCGGAUUUGCCAGACGGAAGUGUGAAGAUACGUGACCCGAUGAAGAUCAUCCACAAGGAACAGGAUAUAAUCACUGCUUUUGCUCUAAAUCAGGAUAAUGUGAAGGUUGACUAUUUGGAGGCCAAUUCCAGCUUCUUGGUGCUGUCCACACAAAAGGAUGUCAUAGAACUGGACAUUGGUCAUCUGUUGGCCCCACCUUCCUGGCUGGAGGAUGAAAACGAGAUGGACAUAGAGUAUAUCAGAAACCCCAACCCUUCGGAGGGGAGCAGUACGGACUUCUUUGUGGUACAAGCCCCGUCCGACAGUCAACAGAGUGGACUGACUUCAGGAAUGUCUAGUCCGCAAACAGGGGCGUCCACCCCCACACACCCUGGAUCUGGGGUCUUCUCACAGACUGGCAGGGGCACUAAUGUGGGUAAGGGUAUCCACAUCCCUGGCAUCACAAACCCACAGUUUUCUCAGCACGUUUUGGACCGGAGUCGGCGUCUUCUCAGAUCGUUGCUGCGCCGACCUGUGUCUGGAGUUAGGCGAAUAGGAUCCCAUCCUAACCUUCCACAUUACCUGACAGGAGGAUCGGAUGGCAGCGUCAGACUCUAUGAGUGGGGGCAUGUCCAGCCACUGGCCAUGCUUAGACAACCAGGAGUGUUUCCUAAAGUCACCAAAGUCCAGUUUAGUUCCCAAGGAAACAAGUGCUGUGUCAGCGAUACGGAGGGGGACAUCUGUCUGUGGCAGGUCGGACUCGGCAGUAACUUCAACAAACCCAUCAUGAAACUCAGAUGUCAUAACAAGACGACCAGUGACUUUGCAUUUGUGGGGUCCUCUAGUCUGAUAGCCACAGCCGGUCACUCCUCAGAAAGCCGCAAUGUAUGCCUGUGGGACACCUUACUCCCCCAGCGGAGUGCCUGUGUGCAUGCGUUUACCUGUCAUGAACAUGGCUGUCCUGCGAUAGUGUACGCCCCUCACCACCAGCUCCUGAUCAGCGGGGGACGCAAGGGCGAAAUCUGUAUAUUUGACAUCCGACAGAGACAGAUACGUCACACAUUCCAGGCCCACGAUUCUGCUAUCCGCUGUCUGGCUAUCGACCCGGAGGAGGAGUACUUUGUGACAGGGUCUUCAGAGGGAGACAUCAAGGUAUGGGGCCUGGACGUUCACCAGAUGGUCGUAGGCUUCCCUGGAGAACACAGCAAGAGCACAUUCUUCAGAAACAUGGGGGCGGCGUCAGGUGUCACACAAGUUUCCAUUGGAUCUACGCAUCACAUGUUCUCAUGUGGAGUUGACGGGUCAAUGAAGUUUCGGGCCUUACCGGAGCGUGACACGAUUGUGAGAUAUUGGUCUGCUACCUAGUCAAACAAUGCUCUUGUGACCUCUAUGGUACGAAUUGACCUGUCUCCAUGGAGAUUGACGUUGCCAUGGAGAUGCUGGAUUAGUCUGCCACAUCACUAUGUGACUAAAAAUGGAUCAGGAAAUGGAUUUUGUUUUGCCAAGAAAGAAGUUGUCAUGCUUCCACAUUGCACGUUUAUUUUGAAUUUUGAUAUGUUACAAGGGUACAAUUGUUUUAUACUGUUGAAUUUUCUCAUAAAAGUGAUUCUUUGUUUUGUUUUGAAUUUGUUUUGAAUUGGCUGAUACUUGAGUAAUAUCUGGUACAGAUUUUGUUUUGUUAUUUAAGAGAUUUGGAUGGACACAUUAAUCAGCAUUGAGGAAAUAAUAACAGCUAAUACUGACAACAGGUUAACAGUUUGUUUUGCUUAAAUUAUUGUAAGCAACAGUUUACUCUUACCCAAUAAGUCACAGAAAAUUGAAGAGAACCCUCACCAAACUGUUGAAAACGUGUAGCUGGAAGGAAAUCAUUAGGAACUGAGAGUUACGAUGGAACUGUAGAGAAACCACAUAUAACUAGAGGGAAACCUGAGGGAACUUUCAGAAACCACCCACCUUUCAUGAAACCAUACAAUUGUAAAGUGUAACUGCAUAAGUGGAGGGAAACAGUAUGAAAGUGGAUGGUAACCACCGAGAACUGUAUAGAAACUGAUUUUAUGUAUAGGGAAACUAGUUGUAACUAAGGGGAACUAGAGGAAAACACACAGAUAGCUGGAGGGAAACUAGUUGUAACUAAGGGGAACUAGAGGAAAACACACAGAUAUCUGGAGGGAAACUAGUGGUAACUAAGGGCAACUAGAGGAAAACACACAGAUAGCUGGAGGGAAACUAGUGGUAACUAAGGGCAACUAGAGGAAAUCACAAAGAUAGCUGGAGGGAAACUAGUGGUAACUAAGGGGAACUAGAGGAAACCACAUAGAUAGCUGGAGGGAAACUAGAGGUAACCAAGGGGAACUAGAGGAAACCAAACAUAUAGCUGGAGGGAAACAAUAGGUAACCAAGGAGAACUAGAGGAAACCACACAGACAUCCGGAGGGAAACUAGAGGUAACCAAGGGGAACUAGAGGAAACCA